ACAGUAUGUGAUGUUCCAUCGCACACCGUCCACUGAGGAUCCACCAACCACACAAGUUCAAAACCUGGAAAUAGCUCAUCAAACUGCAGCUUACCAGGAUUAUCACCUUCACCUCUCGGACUCCAGCUACUGGCAUUUCAGAUUACUGGGAAUGAUCUACCAGACAUGCCAGUAACAGCUGGAAAUCCAGCAAAGAAAUUUACAAGACCAUUUAAUGCAAUACCAGUCCAUUUGGAAGAGCCCAGUGGUGCAACAGGUGAAUCAUACACGGAGUACAGGAAUAGGGUGUUGGCUUUUCUAGAAGCCGCAAAGAGGAACGGUGAAAGUAAAAAGAGUGCCCCAGUACCAAAGCACACACCAAGUCCACAGCAGUCACCAUCCACAGAAGGAACUCCUUCAAAUGGAAAGGAUGCAGCGUAUCUGUUGAAACGGAAGAAAAACAAUCUUGCAGCAAAGCGGUCACGAGAUCUCCGCAGGGCAAAAGAGGACAAACUCACAAUCAGGGUAUCAUACUUGGAGCGAGAAAACAAGGCAUUGAGAUGUCUACUCAUGCAACACCAAGACUGGAAAUACCAUGUUGUCUGCAGACAUAAGACAUUUUAA